AUGACCAUAAUGGCAACUGGAGGUCCUAAGAUGCAGUGGGCCAGGCCACACAAGACUUCUAGAGGUGGUGGUAAGCUGGUGUCUCCCAAGUGGAAGAAUUUCAAAGGCCUCAAGCUGCUCUGCCGAGACAAGAUCCGUCUCAACAAUGCCAUCUGGAGAGCCUGGUAUACCCAGUAUGUAGAGAGGAGGAAGAGCCCCGUGUGUGGAUUCGUGACCCCCCUGCAGGGGUCUGAGGCUGACGAACACCGGAAACCAGAGGCUGUCGUCCUAGAGGGAAAUUACUGGAAGCGGCGCAUCGAGGUGGUGAUGCGCGAGUACCACAAGUGGCGCAUCUAUUACAAGAAACGGCUCCGUAAGACCAGCAGGGAAGGGGAUCUCCUGGCCCCAAAGCAGGUGGAAGGGUGUUGGCAGCCAUCAGAGCGAUGGUGCGAGCAGCUCUUCUCCAGCGUGGUGCCUGUGCUGCUGGGGGGCCCAGAGGAGGAGUCUGGUGGGCGGCAGCUUCUGGACCUCGAUUGCUUCUUGUCCGACAUCUCCGACACGCUCUUCACCAUGACUCAACCCAGCCCCACACCCCUGCAGCUGCCCCCCGAGGAUGCCUAUGUUGGCAACGCUGACAUGAUCCAGCCAGAACUGACACCUCUGCAGCCCAGCCUGGAUGACUUUAUGGAGAUCUCAGAUUUCUUCACCAACUACCGCCCCCCACAGGCAGCCACGCCUUCAAACUUCCUGGAGCCCCCUAGCUUCAGUCCCAUGGCUGACUCCCUUUUCAGCAGUGGGAUCCUGGGCUCAGACGUGCCCCCUGCUUCCUCAGGCAUGACCCACCUCUCAGGGCAUAACCACUUGCAGGCUCGGAGCAGCUGCCCUGGCUCCCUGGACUCCAGUGCCUUCCUAAGCUCUGAUUUCCUUCUUUCUGAAGAUCCCAAGCCUAAGUUCCCACCNNNNUCCACACCCCCACCCCUCCUCCAAUACCCUGCCCCUGCCAAAGGACCUGGCCUGGAGCCCUGUCCCCUACCCCAAUUCUCUUCGAUGGCUCCGCCCCCUGCUAUGCUGCAAGAAGAACCUCUCUUCUCUCCCAGAUUCUCCUUCCCAAUCACCCCUCCUGCAUCAGGAGUGUCCCCACUGCCUACUCCCACAACCUUCCCACCCACCCAACAGCCUGGCCCAGGUCCUGCCCCCACCCACUUCCCCAUGGACCUUCUAUCCUCGGGGUAUCCAGAGCCCCCAUUUGGGCCUCGCUUCACAGUGCCCCAAGGCAUGCAGCCCAGAGGCAAGCCUCCCACCCCAUCCCCUAGGGGGCCGAAGCCCAGCCCUCCCCCCACGGCCCCUGCCAUUGCUGGGGGCAACAACUCCUGCCUCACGCAGCUGCUCACAGCAGCCAAGCCUGAGCAAGCCCUGGAGCCACCUCUUGUGUCCAGCACCCUCUUGCGGCCCCCAAAAUCCCGGGAGAUGGUCCCUGAAUUCCCCUGCACCUUCUUUCCCCCGACUCCGGCCCCCACACCACCCCGGCCACCUCUGGGCCUGGCCACACUGGCCCCUCCCAGGCCCCUGAUUGUCCCCAAAGUAGAGCGGCUGUCACCCCCAGCACCCAGCGGUAGUGAGCGGCAAUUGUCUGGGGAGCUUAACUCCAUGCCGGGCCCUCCACCUCAAUCCAUCCUAAGCCGGGGCCGUUCAGACAAGACUGAGAACCGGCGCAUCACACACAUCUCUGCAGAGCAGAAGCGGCGCUUCAAUAUCAAGUUGGGGUUUGACACCCUGCAUGGGCUGGUGAGCACUCUGAGCACCCAGCCCAGCCUCAAGGUCAGCAAAGCAAUGACACUGCAGAAGACAGCCGAGUACAUUACCAUGCUGCAGCAGGAGCGGGCGGCCUUGCAGGAGGAGGCCCAGCAGCUACGGGAUCAGAUUGAGGAGCUCAAUGCUGCCAUUAACCUGUGCCAGCAGCAGCUGCCGUCCACUGGGGUGCCCAUCACACACCAGCGUUUCAACCAGAUGCGAGACAUGUUUGAUGACUAUGUCCGGACCCGCACACUGCAUAACUGGAAGUUCUGGGUAUUCAGCAUCCUCAUCCGGCCUCUGUUUGAGUCCUUCAAUGGGGUGGUGUCCACAGCGAGCUUGCAGAGCCUCCGUCAGACUUCGUUGGCCUGGCUGGACCAGUACUGCUCCCUGCCUGCUCUCCGGCCAACUGUCCUGAACUCUCUCCGCCAGCUAAGCACAUCUACCAGUAUCCUGACGGACCCAGGCUGUAUACCCGAGCAAGCCACACGGGCAGUCACAGAGGGCACCCUUGGCAAACCGUUAUAG